AUUUAUAAGACAGAGUAAUUCCACAUGACUUCUCAGUCAACGAUCGUUGUCAACACCUUGAGCCAUAUUGCGCUUCGGAAAGAAACGCGAAGUCGUCUUAGUUUCAAACAAAAAAGCGAGUAAUUAAACAUAUUCUGAGUCGGUAUUACUCGAGUAUAGUUCUUUAUUAGAAGCGGCAAUGACAAACAACGAUUAAAAUUAUUAAAGAGUGCCGAAUUACGUCGGAAAAUAAAAAAUUAUAUUUUUAUUAAUUUUUAAUAUCUUCUUAAACAUUUAUUGUAAAUGUUUACAAGAUCACACUACAAGACUACAAAGUAUUGCGACUUAAGCUUAAACUUUAUUGAUCAGAUUAUUCAACAAUUGAAUAAUUCUUCAAAAACAAUAUAAAAUUAUCGUUGGAUUACUUCUCGCAAGUUAGUUGCUUGAUUCAUCGGACCAACCACUUAGUGAUUCAAGAAAGACAAACUAAGUAGUCUCAGCGAAUAUUCAUUCCUAUUAAAGAAUGAAAGGAACGUUGGUAAUCAUAUUCGUUUUGAUGGUCUUAACUGUCCAUUCGCCGGUGGAGGGAAAGAUAUUCGGGCGAUGCGAAGCUGUAAAAGAGCUGCAGAAAGCUAAAAUCAGUAGGACCUUCUUCAGCAAUUGGAUCUGUCUGAUGGAAAGCGAAAGUGGGAUGAACACCGCACUGAUGACUGGUCCAAAAACAGCCUCCAGCUAUUCUUAUGGUAUUCUUCAGAUCAACAGUAACAAAUGGUGUGCCAGAGGACGUACAGGUGGGAACUGUAAUAAGCGCUGCGAAGAUUUCCUGAACGAUGAUAUACACGACGAUAUUACGUGUGCCAAGAAAAUCGUCGAUCAGGAUGGAUUCAAGGCUUGGGAUGGAUGGAUGAAAAAGUGCAAGAACAAACCACUACCGGACAUUUCAAACUGUAUACGUAGGAGAAGAAUGGCCGAGAUUGAGAUCGAUCCGAUUUUCCGAUGGAUUAUUUCUUCUCGCAAAUUGAUCGCUCGAAUAACCGCUCAAUUAAUAAUUCAAGUAAUCGAGAAAGACGACUUUAAUACUUGUCAAAUAGUCCCGGCGAAUACUCAUUCACGUGAAAAAAUGAUGAGUUUGUGGAUCCUGUUCAUUCUGAUGAUCGUAACCGCGCAUUCGCCGGUGGAAGGAAAGAUAUACACACAAUGCGAGGCUGCAAGGCAGUUAGUGAUAGCCAGAAUCAGUAGGUCCUUCAUCAGCAAUUGGGUCUGCCUGAUGCAAUACGAAAGUGGGAUGGACACGCAUCUGGUAACUGGUCCAAAGAGAGGUUCCAGCUAUUCUUAUGGUAUCCUUCAGAUCAACAGUGCCGAGUGGUGCAGCAGAGGGCAUAGAGGUGGCAACUGCCAUAAGCGCUGCGAGGACUUUCUAAGUGACGAUAUACAGGAAGACAUCGAGUGUGCCAAGAAGAUAUUCUAUCAGCACGGAUUCAAGGCUUGGAAUGGAUGGGUCAAGAACUGCAAGAACAAACCAUUGCCAAACCUCGCACAUUGCUUCCGACGGAAAAGAAUGGCGACCAAAGUCUGAAAACUGAGCUGAUUCUGUGAUGAUUGGGUGAUUGUGAUGUUGUUUUUGACUGCAAUCGAUACAAGGCUCAAAUUGAUUUUGCUUUUAAUUUCAUUAUUUGUAAUCAUUCACGAAUUAAAUUUUACUAACUUACAUAAUUUGAUUCCAUCAGAUCAUUUCAACAAAUUGCGUAUCUGUUUCCAUUAAAGAAUUCGUCUAAUUGCGCGCACCGUACCUGUUGAACGUAAUAAAAACAAAGUACCCUGUAUGUUUUGUAAAUAUGAAUAUCUAAACGGAUUGUAUCAACUUAUGAUGUAAUGCUUUACAGCCAUCUUAAACCUACGUUGCACAGCUUGACAGACUACGCGAAAUGGUUUAGAAAUUCCGACUAUUAGAAUCGCAAAACUGUACGUGAUGAGAUUUCGCUGAUGUCUUCCCGAUUUCAUCCCUUUAUAUUCGUGUUACGUGUGCAUUCAAGAAGAUCGUUUUUGCUCCUAAGUCCGAAUGUCAUAUUUACGACAUUCAGAAAUAAGAUGGACAAGCCUUAUGUAACUAAAUAUCUCUGUGAUGAAGUAAAGAAGUAAGCUUUUAAAAAUUUCUUAAAGAGAAAGAUGUAUAUAGAAGUGUUACAA